GAACAAUAGUGAAAAGAAAACAAAAACCAAAGCCAAGUACAACUAGUCUACUAUCCUUUCUGAUUUUUUUUUGGACGAUUAAAGUCUACUACUUUCUAAGGCUUAAGCGCAGUAGUUUUUCUCAAUCUAAAAAAAAAAGCUGGCCUAGAGUUUUAGCUGUUACCGUUGAAAGAAAAGUAUACUGACAACCUGCAAAAACAAAACAGAAUCUCUUGUAUCUGUGUUUGAAGUUAGAGUUGUUCAAGGCAAAACCGACUUUGGGUUUUUGAAUUGAUUAUCUUAGACUCAGUUCUGCUCAAAAGGGUAGGAUUUUGGUGGCGGCUUCUAAUUCUCAGUCGGGUUUUUCAUGGAUUUCAAGUGAAGAUUAGAUUUGAAGUGCUGGGUUCGUUUCCUGCAAAAUAAAAUUGGGAUUUUCAAAUUGAGUUGUAUCGGCAUCAAUCCAGCGGAUACUGAGCAAGCUCUAAGUACUUGUUCAUAGCUUGAGAAUUUAUAUUGAUUCAGUAUGAAAAUGACUUCAAGAAUUGAGAUGGAUGAAGAUAAUGACAACAGGGGAAGCAUGUGGGAUUUGGAUCAGAAGCUUGAUCAGCCAAUGGAUGAGGAGGCCGGGAGGCUUAGAAACAUGUACAAGGAGAAGAAAUCCUCUGCAUUAUUGCUUCUGCGGCUUGCAUUCCAAAGCCUUGGAGUGGUUUAUGGUGACUUGGGCACUUCUCCCCUUUAUGUUUUCUACAAUACAUUUCCUGGUAAAAUUGAAGACCCAGAGGAUGUUGUUGGAGCUCUUUCAUUGAUUAUAUACUCCCUUACUCUUAUACCGCUCCUCAAGUAUGUGUUUGUUGUUUGUAAAGCAAAUGACAAUGGUCAAGGUGGGACAUUUGCUCUAUAUUCAUUGCUCUGUAGACAUGCGAAAAUAAAAACCAUUCCUAAUCAACACAGGACUGAUGAGGAGCUAACAACUUAUAGUCGUUCUACAUUUCACGAACAAUCAUUUGCUGCUAAAACAAAGAGAUGGCUGGAGAGACAUGUGUCAAGGAAGAAUGCGCUUCUUAUUCUUGUCCUGGUUGGUACAUGUAUGGUCAUUGGUGAUGGAAUACUCACUCCGGCAAUAUCAGUUCUUUCAGCUGCUGGGGGAAUCAAAGUGGACCAUCCAAGCAUGAGCAAUGGUGUUGUUGUGGUUGUGGCUGUUGUAAUAUUAGUAGGUUUAUUUAGCUUGCAGCACUAUGGUACAGAUAAAGUUAGCUGGCUCUUUGCCCCAAUUGUGCUUGUUUGGUUUCUUGUAAUUGGAGGCAUCGGCAUUUAUAAUAUUUGGAAGUACGACAGCAGUGUUUUGAAAGCAUUUUCACCUGUAUACAUCUACCGGUAUUUUAGAAGGGGAGGGAAAGAUGGAUGGACCUCCCUGGGGGGUAUUAUGCUUAGCAUCACAGGUACAGAGGCACUUUUUGCAGAUCUAUCUCAUUUUCCAGUUGCAGCUGUGCAACUUGCUUUUACUGUAGUUGUAUUUCCUUGCCUUCUCCUAGCGUAUUCUGGACAAGCAGCCUACCUUAUGAGUAACAGGGACCAUGUGGUCGAUGCAUUUUAUCGCUCUAUCCCUGACAGCAUAUAUUGGCCGGUUUUCAUUAUUGCUACUGCUGCCGCUAUAGUUGCAAGUCAGGCUACAAUAACAGCAACCUUUUCAAUUAUCAAACAAGCCCUCGCGCUUGGUUGUUUUCCUAGAGUGAAGGUUGUACAUACAUCAAAGAAGUUCCUUGGCCAGAUAUAUGUUCCAGAUAUUAAUUGGAUCCUCAUGAUCCUUUGCAUUGCUGUUACUGCUGGAUUCAAGAACCAAAACCAAAUUGGAAAUGCUUAUGGGACAGCUGUGGUGAUUGUCAUGUUGGUAACCACGUUACUUAUGACUUUAAUCAUGAUUUUGGUUUGGCGAUGUCAUUGGAUUCUUGUCCUCCUCUUCACUGGCUUGUCCUUGGUUGUAGAGUGCACAUACUUUUCUGCUGUACUCUUCAAGGUUGAUCAAGGUGGGUGGGUUCCUCUUGUUAUUGCUGCAGCCUUUUUGCUCAUAAUGUAUGUUUGGCAUUAUGGUACACUGAAGCGAUAUGAGUUUGAGAUGCAUAGUAAGGUUUCGAUGGCAUGGAUUCUUGGGCUUGGCCCUAGUUUAGGGCUCGUUCGAGUUCCUGGAAUUGGAUUAGUAUACACUGAAUUAGCAAGUGGUGUGCCUCACAUUUUCUCCCACUUCAUAACUAACCUACCUGCGAUCCAUUCUGUUGUUGUUUUCGUCUGUGUGAAAUACCUUCCUGUCUACACUGUUCCAGAAGAAGAAAGAUUCCUUGUAAAACGGAUUGGACCGAAGAAUUUCCACAUGUUUCGCUGUGUUGCUAGGUAUGGCUACAAAGACCUUCACAAGAAAGAUGAUGAGUUUGAGAAAAAGCUAUUUGAUAGCCUCUUCUUAUUUGUGCGGCUCGAGUCAAUGAUGGAAGGGUGUUCGGAUUCUGAUGAAUAUAGCUUGUACGGGCAGCAAACGGAGAGGUCAAGAGAAGGUCUGUUGAACAACAAUGGCAAUGGCAACACAAUUACUUCCUAUGCAGAUACCACAAUUUCAUCAGUGGAUUCAAUUGUGCCCGUGAAAUCUCCGAUGCAGGGGAGCAUGACGGUGAGAUCGUCAGAGCACGUAAGUAGCCAGACGGAGACAGAUGAGUUAGAAUUUUUGAAUAGCUGUAGGGAUGCAGGGGUGGUACACAUUCUGGGAAACACAGUGGUGAGGGCAAGAAGGGAAUCAAGAUUUUACAAGAAAAUAGCAAUCGAUUAUGUAUAUGCAUUUCUUAGGAAGAUAUGUAGGGAACAUAGUGUGAUAUUCAAUGUUCCUCAUGAGAGUCUGUUGAACGUAGGGCAGGUAUUUUAUGUGUAAGUGUAAGUGCAAGUGCUUAUUUUUGCUGAUUUAAUAAUAAAUAAAAAAAGGAGUAAAUUACAUUUUAAUCUA